AUGCACGGCCUUCUCCCCAUCCUCCUCCUCUGCUCGUCUCUCCUCGCAACCACAGCCAACGCCGACCCGACCGCGGAAUCCUGCCAGAGCAACACGAACUACACGCGCGGCAGCGCGUUCCAGGCCAACCUCGACGCCCUCCUCUCAUCACUCCCCGCGACCGCCGCCGCCGCGCCCACAGGGUUUGCCAUGAACACCACCGGAACCUCGCCCGACCAGGCGGUCUACGGCCUCGCGCAGUGCCGCGCCGACGUCAUCGACACGUCGCGCUGCCGCACGUGCCUCGAUGGCACGGCGCAGGACGUGGCCGCCGGCAAGUGCGCAGGCCAGAAGAAGGCCGUGCUCGUCUACGACAACUGCCUGCUGCGGCUCUCCGACGAGAGGUUCUUCGGCGCCGUCGACAUGUCACGUGUGGUCUACCUCUACAAGAACCAGAACGCGACGCAGCCGGAGCAGUUCACGCCGCGGCUCGGCGCGCUGAUGAGCAACCUCGCGAAGAAGGCGGCGCUCGAGUCCCCGCGGAUGUUCGCGGUUGACUCAGCCGCGGUGACGCCCUUCGUGAACAUCUACGGUAUGGCGCAGUGCACUAGGGACCUUACCGCCGACGACUGCAACCGCUGCCUCGUCAACGCCGUCUCGUCGAUCCCGAACUGCUGUAGCGGGAUGAAGGGUGGCCAGCUCAUCUACGCUAGCUGCUCCAUCCGGUUCGAGGUGGAGCCGUUCUACAACAUCCAGGCCGCCGAGGCGGCGAUGUCGCCGGCGCCGUUCCCGGGAGGCGGGUUCGACAACGGAAGUGACCACUCGGGUCCAGGAAGCGACGGUGAGUCCAUCCACAAUGCAACUCCUCCAAUCUCCUAUCUCCCGUAG